AUGCUCUUGAGACUACUUAUACUUGUUCUUGUGGCAUGUGGGGUCUUUGGAGACAAGCUGCACACUCCGGGGACUUGUGCCAUGUACGAUAACUGUGGAAAAAAGUCAAUUUUUGGUGCUCAGUUGCCGUGUCCCGGACCACUUGAGGCCCAAAAACCAUCUUCAGAAGCUAGAGAGCUCUUGGAAUCGGUUUGUGGAGCCGAAUUCUCUUCUCGGUUGGUCUGCUGUACACUUGACCAAUUGAAAAAUCUUGAGUCUAACCUCAAAAAAGUCGAUCCUAUCAUCAGUUCAUGUCCUGCUUGCCGCAAGAAUUUCUACGAUUUCUUCUGUAACUUUACGUGCUCUCCAGACCAGUCUACGUUCGUCAAUGUCACCAGAAUAGGCGUGGCUCAGGAUACAAAGAAGGAGAUUGUGACGGAAUUGAGUCAGUUUGUCGACCCUGGUUUUGCAGAGCAAUUCUACGACUCGUGCAAAGAGGUCAAAUUCUCAGCGACCAACGGCUAUGCUAUGGACUUGAUUGGAGGAGGAGCCAAGAACUAUAGUCAAUUUCUCAAGUUUUUGGGCGAUGAAAAGCCAUUGCUUGGUGGCUCUCCGUUCCAGAUAAAUUUCAAGUACGAAGUAAAUGACGAGGAAAAAGCACUGGGACUCCAAUUGAGAACCGGCGACAUGAAGAGUUGCAAUGACAAGGAGUACCGUUGUGCCUGUUCGGACUGCUCUUUGUCUUGUCCAGAAUUACCUGCUUUUGCUGGCUACGAUAAGAAAUGCUCAGUGGGUCCAAUUCCGUGCUUUUCGUUUGCGGUGCUUAUGAUAUGGCUAGCGCUCUUCUUGGCGCUUGCGGGUUACCACGUAUACUUGGUUCGAACUAAGGAAGCUCGGUGGCUGCAAAUGAACGACAUACUUGAAGAUGCCGUCAAUGCCUACGAUGCGACCGACGAUACUAUCACCACCAAAUCCAUCCUGCUUCAGAACUCGAUUUCGGCUCUACAAGAAGAGCUCUUUAUUGCUAUCCAGCUGUUUUUCGAGGACCUUGGUUCGUUUUGUGCGAGAUUUCCGCUCUUUACCAUCGGCGUGAGUUUGGUAGUCACGGUCUUUUUCUCUCUAGGACUUUCCUACCUCGAGUUUGAACAAAACCCUAUCAACUUAUGGGUGAGUCCUUCUGAACCAGCGCUUCAAAAUUUGCAGUUUUUCGAGCAAAACUUUGGGGAGUGGUUCAGAGUUGAACAGAUGAUUAUCUCCACCAAAAAUAGCACACCUAUUCUCAACUGGGAAAAUGUGCGCUGGUGGUUCGAAAAGGAGCAGGAGCUCCAGAACCUUGAUGGUGUGCCUCUUGAAGAUUUGUGCUUCAAACCAUUGGGCGAUACUUGUGCAAUUGAAUCUUUUACGCAAUAUUUCGGAGGAAACAUCGAUUAUCUCAAUGAAAGAAACUGGAAAUCAAAACUUCAAGGAUGUACGGAUUCUCCCGUUACUUGCUUACCCUCGUUUCAGCAGCCUUUGAACAAGAACCUUUUGUUUGAUAGAGACGAUGUGCUAUAUUCUGAAGCUUUUGUUGUAACUCUCUUGGUGUCAAGUAAUCUGAAAGACUUCAAGUAUACUGAAAAAGCAGUGAAAUACGAGCAUGGUUUACAAUCGUGGAUAUUCAACUUGCAGCAAGAGCGUCCUGAUCUUAAGAUCGAUUUCAGCACUGAGAUAUCUCUCAAGGAAGAGCUCAAUAAAUCAUCCAACACCGAUGUUAAAAUUGUGGUUAUUUCAUAUUUGGUGAUGUUUGUGUAUGCCUCGCUUGCUCUUGGAGGAAAGAUCCCGUUGGCUUUUAAAAUGAGGUCGUUUGUUGAAACUAGGUUUUUAUUGGGACUCAGUGGUAUUUUGAUCAUCAUUGUUUCUGUCACUUCUUCAAUUGGUUUACUAUCGUUUAUUGGGCUCAAAUCGACACUAAUAAUUGCAGAAGUUAUUCCGUUCCUCAUCUUGGCCAUUGGAAUCGACAAUAUCUUCCUUCUUGUCCACGAACUCAAGCAGGUAACCAAAAGCAAUCCGCUGUCGUCUGUUGAAGAAAAUGUAUCCAAGACCCUAGCAUCGGUGGGUCCUUCGUGCUUAAUAAGUGCAGUGCUUCAAUUGACGAUGUUUCUCCUUGCUACCGUUGUCGAUAUGCCUGCGGUCAAGAACUUUGCGUUCUAUUCAGCCGGUGCUAUAUUUGUGAACUUUGUGUUGCAAAUGACGGCUUUCGUCUCGUUGAUGACACUUGACCAAAAGAGAAGCGAUCUGGGUCGUUUCGAUGUAUUUCCAUUUGUUCAGUUACCAGUGCACUUGCCAGGAGAGCCAGAAGAGGAAGAUAUUCACACCUGGUCGUACGAUUUUUCCGGUUUCUUUGAAAAAUGGUACGCACCAAGAAUCUUGUCAAAAACCAGUAAGCCGAAAAUCUUGUCGUUUUUUGUGUUGUGGCUCGGAAUCUCAUUGUAUGCUCUUCCCCAGAUUGAGCUUGGCUUGGACCAGCGGCUAGCAUUGCCUUCAGACUCGUAUUUGAUUUCCUACUUUGACUCGGUGUAUCAGUACUUGAAUGUUGGUCCACCGGUAUUUUUCGUGUUGAAAAAUUUGGACCUUAGAAAAAGGAACAACCAGCAAAAAGUAUGUGGAAAGUUCUCAACAUGUGCAGAGUUCUCCAUAUCCAAUAUUCUUCAGAAAGAGCUGGAAAGAAGUGACCUUUCGACGAUAAACGACCCUCCUUCGGUAUGGCUAGACGACUUCUUUGGGUGGCUCAACCCCAAUUUGGACCAGUGUUGUCGAGUGAACAAAACUAAUGUGGAUCAGUUCUGUCGACCUGGAGACCCAGAACGUCUUUGUCAAGCUUGCUAUGCCAACCAUAAGCCACCAUACAACAUAGAUAUGUCAGGAUUGCCCACUGGAAAAGAUUUCAUGAAAUACUUCAAAGUAUGGAUUGAAGAGCCCAGCGAUCCUUGUCCACUUGGUGGAAAAGCACCAUAUUCCGCUAGCAUUUCCUUGAACGACGACAAGAACGAAAUCUUUGCUAGUUACUUCCGCACCUCACAUCGUCCACUACGUUCGCAACAGGACUUCAUCGAUGCCUAUUCCAAUGCUUUGAGAGUGGUUGACGAGAUUCAAAUGUAUAACAACGUCGAUAUGUUUGCCUACUCGCCGUUCUACAUUUUCUUCGUGCAGUACCAGAACAUCGUAAUGUUGACGUUUGUUUUACUUUUAGCUGCUGGAAUCAUCAUUUUCGUUGUCAGCAGUCUUCUUCUUGGAUCGCUCAGAAUCGCAGCGGUGCUCAUCACCACCAUAGCAUUCAUAAUCGUCAAUAUUGGCGGAGUUCUCGCCUGGUGGUCCAUAUCGCUCAAUGCUGUGACGUUGGUCAAUCUCAUCAUAUGUACGGGGUUGGCGGUGGAGUUCACUAUCCAUAUCACAAGAGGGUUUAUGAUGGCUGCGAAAUCCAACGGAAGUGGAAAUUUGUCUCCCGCCGUUUCGCCUGCACAUGCCACAUUGGCUACCACGGGAGGCACCGUCCUCAGCGGAAUCACAAUCACAAAGUUGAUUGGAAUCCUGGUAUUGGCAUUUACAAAAUCCAAGAUUUUUGAAGUAUACUACUUUCGAAUGUGGCUCGCAUUGGUGGUAAUUGCUGCUGUUCAUUCACUUUGUUUGCUCCCAGUUCUUCUCAGCUACACCCAAACAGACACACCAGUGCAGGACGAGAGUCUGGAUGCAAACACCGAAGCGGUGGCUCGAUACGGCAACGAUGACUGA